AUGUCAAACAUACAGGCAGGGACAGUUGCGAAAACUUUUGCCACUCACCAUGUUUCAAAGUUUGGCACACCGUCAAUGAUCACAACCGACAGGGGUAAGCAGUUCGAAUCCGAUCUUUUCGCUCAACUAUCCAGAUUAUUAGGGACGAAGAGGAGUCACGCGUGCGCCCACCACUCGCAAGCUAACGGUUUGCAAGUCAGCCGACGCUCAAAUCGUAUAAUCAAGGCGCCUAAGCGGCCUUAUGAUGACUUCGAACAGACCCUGCAUCUUGAUAGUGAACUGGCCGAGGAUGAACCUGGUGACCACAACGAUUCUCCAUCUGAGUUUUCCUUUGAUGCAGGAAAUACCGCCCUGUCCAGUCGCUUGCGCCAGGAUAGGGAGCGUCGUGGUGGUGACCACCAAGCAGUUCGCCGGCGACGCCAUAGACGCCACUUGCUUGAAGGCGAAGGCUUGGCUGGAGUAGAAACACUAGAUACUAGUGAAGAGGAAACCAAGGAACGUGCAGUUGGUCACAGAAGGUCCUCUCUCAAGCGACCCACCGGGGAUAUGUCUCUUAGCCUCACAAGGUGA